AAGAUAUCUAGCGGAGGGAGGAGGUGUGAUAGCCAGCACACCAGUAGUGAACCACGCAUUUCCUCGUUAACUCUUAACAACCCAACGAUGGUCAGACCCAUCAAACAGGUGGAGUCCCUCGAGGUGGACUCCCAACGGCAGCCACAACGGCAGCCACAACGGCAGCCACAACAGCAGCCACAACAGCAGCAGCAACGGUCUCAACAGCACCCACCUCGGCUCCUCAGUGAACAGCAACAUCCACAACAACAACAUCAACAUCCUUCGCUGCUUCAUAUUCCACAGCAUCAACAGCUGAAUCCAUUAUCGACUGAAGAAGUUGAAUCAUGUCUGGAGGUGUGUUCCUCCGACCCGCUCCCUGGACCGGUCGUCAGUGUCCAGUCACUGCCCGCACAACACAGUCACUCCACCAGUCAGCUGACCUGCACAGCUGGUCCACAGGACAGUUCAAUAUGUGGUGCAGGGAGCGAUCUCCAUGGUGGAGCAGGCAAGCAAGCAGCCAGCUUCUUGUUGCAGCAACAGAGCUGCAGUCAACAGUUACAACUGGUCAAUGAUCAGCAACAGCAGCAGGGCAACAGUCUGAAUCACCAGCUUAACAGCAGUCUGCCACACAGCCAAUUACCGCUCACUGUCUCACAGGAGUCGAGUCAAACUCUGCGUCAGGGUAGCCAGCCAGGGGACCAUCCCUAUCCCCUGCAGCCUACACUGGGGUCCUCAGGGGCCCACUACGGGCCCACACCAACCUCAAGAAUUAUACAGCAGUCACCCCAUGUGCCCACACUCCCGCCCACGCCACACCCUCAACUCCCACUCCCUGAGAGCAACCGUUAUGGGGGCUCUGUUGCUAUCUAUGUCCCCCCGAAUGAACGAAAAGAUUUUCCACUUUUUUCCACCGCCAAUUGGUCUUAUUCCGGGAAGGGAAGCCUGAGUAGUGGGGACUCCAUUGGCAACUUGUUGACAAACGGAUGCAACAAAGAGGGGGACAAAAUAGAUGGAUUGAUUGCAGGGAUGAACCCUCCUAGGAGCCCGCCUGUUGCACAGUUUCCCCAGAGGGAGAGGAUUGUGGGGGAGUAUGGUCUGGGUGUGUCCUUCUUGGGACAGUCCCCCAAGCUGGUGGUGAACGAGGAGGGAGACAGCCAGCACCUGUACACCGAGAAGAACCACCCCAUAACCAUGGUGGUGACCCACACCGCCGGACAGAGCGCCUCGCUCAGACUACUACUGGUGUUCGCCAAGGACUCUGAGGCCUCCCAGCCCGUCCACCCUUGUAAGAUCCACCAGGACCCAGCUCAUCCUAAACACAUGGUGGUGGUGGAUGGUGGGGUGGAGACGGUCGUGUGGGGGGAGGCGCCCCACCCGUCCAUCGUGGUCACCCCGCCCCCCUCACACCUGCAGCAGUACAGCGUGGUCAUCAAGUUCCUGUGUCGUAACUCCUGCCUCACCCGCCGGGACCUCUCCCUCGUCGUCCAGCUGGAGCAGGACGGGGGCGUGGUGGGUCGGGAAGCUCUGAGUGUCAAGAUCAGCGCUUGUCCUAAACGGGACUCGAACCCCCGCAGCCGGAAGACCUCCCUCCACCACGAGGACCACGCUGGCCAGCUCCAAGCACUCCAGGACUCCUCUCUCAACCAGUUUCCAUACCAGGACUCCUCCGCCAAUGAGCAACAAUUCCAGGACUCCUCCGUCAAUCAGCAACAGUUCCAGGACUCCUCCGCCAAUCAGCAACAGUUCCAGGACUCCUCCGCCAAUCAGCAACAGUUCCAGGACUCCUCCGCCAAUCAGCAACAGUUCCAGGACUCCUCCGCCAAUCAGCAACAGUUCCAGGUGUCUUCUCCAAACCUACCAGUAAUACAAGUCUCGUACACCAACCCGCAUUCAUUCCAAGACUCCAAUCCAAUGAUGCAGGAUGUCUCACGUCUGCCGCAGCCAACACAGGACUCAUGCCGCAAUUUCCAGCUGCCGCAGGACCGCUGGAACUCUCAAAAACCCGCCAGCAAGCGGCAAAAACUGGAGACGUGCCGCAAGGCCUCCUCUGCUGCGUCGUGUGGCUGUACCAUGGAGGCUGAAGGUGGGACAGAGAAAGGCGAGGUAACACCAGAGGCCGCCCACGUCCCCGCCCACGCCGCCGCCCACGCCGCCGCCCACGCCCCCGCCUACGAGGCCGCCCGACACACUGCGUACCUGACGGUAAUGGAGGAAAUAUUCAAGAACCGUCACCCGGAGGACCACAGGGCCGCCAUGGUGGAGUUCUCCCGCUGGUGGGGAAAGUCUUCUCCCCGGCCCCCCAGCGUGGAGCUAUCUACAAGAGAAGCGUCGCUCAUUCUGGUGCAUCACGUGUCUCCAGAGGCAACACACAUUGACAGGAUUAGAUGAGUUACCAAGAGUUGUCUGACGUUUCUACGUUCACUAUUAGACAGCUAAGCUUCUAGUUUACUAAUAACUAAGUAGUUAGCGUACUAACUCCAUGCUUGGAAUUUAUUGAUGAUACCAUUUUCAUAUCUAUGUUAUCCGUAGUAUCAAUAUUAUUAAAUUCACCCCCCCCAGAUGAUGUAUAAGGGAAUCACUCCACUUUAUAGAAGUUUUUACAGUCCACUUCUCUAAAUUUAUUUUCAAUUAAUUAUUUCUUUAAAUAUUAUAUGUAGAUUAAAUGGUGGAGAAAUUUUCCCCCACAGCAUGAACGCAGAGCAUGAACGCAGGGCACGAACGCAGAGCACGAACGCAGGGCAUGAACGCAGGGCACGAACGCAGGGCACGAACGCAGGGCACGAACGCAGGGCACGAACG